AUGAAAGGACCUCGAGGUGGACUGGCCUCGAGGCCACUGUUGUAUCUUUUCUUAUUCGUCUGUCUCACCAGUUUGCUGGUUGGUCAUGUUGCAGCGCAAAGAGACAACACCGAUGCUCCCAGUGUACCGAAUUCAAGGCCUCAACCCACGAGAGCGCCCGAAACCGACCGUCCCAGCCCACCAAGGGAAACGGACAGACCUCUGCCUCCUCCUCCCGCUGAGACAGAUGACGACGACGAUGAUAAUAACAGGCCUACGACUGCCGCUCCGCCACCCGCAAGACCAACCCCAUCGGCAACCCAAUCCCCCCCUACCCAGUCUCGGACGCCCGACAACCUCCCGGGCCUGUCUGAAUCAGAAACCUCGUCCACUACUACCACCUCUGAGAGCACAAGAACGGGUGCUAGCCCGACCUUCACGCUUCCUUCACUUACUGGAGGUCCAGUGAUUCCAACGCCACAGAUUCCUCCCAAAGAAGGUGCUCCAUACCUCAAAAAGUCGGAUUUGCCAGAGGGUACGAUUUUCAUUGCGGUGGGUGCCGCGUUGGGAUUCUUUGCCGUUGCCGUGGUCGCAUGGCGACUCCUUGUCGCUUGGUCCAUCAACCGAUCCGUGCGACGCGCCACAAACAACUCACAUCCUUCCGAUGCAACCGCCCUCUUAAACCCGAACACCCGAAAAUCAAGAGUGUACCAAAACCCGGCCGGAGCUCCUAUCUCACGGGAGAAGGUCAGCAAAGAUCGCCAUUCUCGCGUUGGACCAUCUCAUACCCCGAAUCAGAGCCUUUUCUUUUCACCAACGGCCGGCGCUAGUAUGCACACGCCUGGCAACAGAGGUUCUGGUUAUCUACCUGCUGGAUACUAUUCUGCGAGCAGCGCGGCCCCUGGAGGAGGAGCGGGUUUGGCACAUCUCAGCACUUCUUCCAUUGGACUAUCGCCUUUGGGUCCCCAGGCUCAAGGCUAUUCACGUACGAGAUCAGGACCUAGCCCGCCAGGGUCUCCCGGCCUACCACCUAGUAGCCGUGGCCAUGAUCAGGCUCAUCCGUCUACGAGCUCUUUGAACCUGUCCACUGCUCCGCAGGGUAGAGCUCCAAGCGCGUACUUGGAAGAUCUUUUUGAAAACCAUCCACCAGGGAGAUAA